GAGGCGCGGUUCGCUGGAGGCGGCGGUCGCGACAGGGCAGGCCCCGAGGGACGCAGGUCCAGACUCCUGCGUGAAGUGAUGCUCCACUUUGCCUUACUCCUAGCCGUGGGGCUCCCACUGGUGGCAGCCAAUGUUACCGUUGGUCCUCAGUGGACCUAUAGUUUGAGAUGCCAUGACUGUGCGGUCAUAAAUGACUUCAACUGUCCCAGCAUUAGAACAUGUCAGUAUCAUGUUAGGCGCUGUAUGACAGUCUCCAUCCGCAUAAACCCUCGUGAGCUACUUGUUUAUAAGAACUGUACAUACAACUGCACGUUUCUAUAUGCAGCUCAGCAGCCUCCUGAAGCCCCAAGAAAAAUCUUCAAAACUAAUAGCUUCUACUGGGUUCGUUGUUGUAAUAGCAUGGUUUGCAAUGCAGGAGGACCUACUAAUCUUGAAAGGGACAUGUUACCCGAUGAAGUAAUUGAAGAGGAGCUUCCAGAAGGAACCGUGAGGCUGGGGGAGUCAAAACUGUUCCUGAGCUUUGCCUCUGUCAUAGUCAGCAAUAUAUUGCCAUGAGGACCCCUCCUUGGAGGGUCUGACCAUCUUCACCCAUUCCACAGAGAAAUGUUGCUUUCCAUUAUUCCCUUGUAAGUCAGAGACCCUUAUCCACUGCUCUUCUAGGUGGCCCAUUUAUGGUUUGUUGUAAGAGAAAAAUUAAAAAAAAAUUAUUGUUUAGUG